AUGGACGUCAAGACGGCAUUCCUCAGUAGGGAGCUAGAGGAGGAGAUCCAAAUGCAGCAGCCGCAAGGAUACGAGCAAGGCGGGCCUAACAUGGUCUACCGCCUCAGGCGCACCUUGUACGGGUUGCGCCAGACGCCGCGUGUGUGGCACUUGCACCUAAGGAUGAGCUCGUGGACCUUUGGGUUUGUGGCGUCAAUGGCGGACGCGGCGCUUUUCACGAGAAUAGUAUUUGAGGAGCGGAUCUACCUAGGGGUUGUUGAGAUUCGGGCGUUACUUGAGUUAUGGGCCCACGACGCUAGGGAGUGA